AUGUCCGAUUCAAAUAGUGCACCAAAAUUUGAUGUUGAAAUGGACAUCGACACAGAACUACAAUCGAUUGAACCAGUCGAAUUGAUAAUACCAAAUAUACAAGAUACGAAUACUAAUAUAUUAUCGACAUAUGGUUCAAAUUUGAAAUUGAACCUUCUUUGCACAAUGGGAAGAACAACGGCAGCUCUUACUUCAUCUCUAGCAUUACCAGGAGUUGAUAUUGUUAUCUAUGAAAGUUUUGACGAGUAUUAA